ACCCCUUAUUCUUUAGUCUGACAGCAACGAGGGCACGCACAGCCCUCCCUCUCUCCUGGUUCCGUAUAAAAACUCCGGGCAGAUCAGAUUCGGUCCUUUUUUUUCCCCUGCGCUCCAAAUCCUAGGACGUCUUGUUUGUCAGGCACAGUAAACAACAACAAUGGGAAAAGAAAAGAUCCACAUCAACAUCGUGGUCAUCGGCCAUGUCGACUCCGGCAAGUCCACGACCACCGGGCACCUGAUCUACAAGUGCGGGGGAAUCGACAAGAGGACCAUCGAGAAGUUCGAGAAGGAAGCUGCCGAGAUGGGCAAGGGCUCCUUCAAGUACGCCUGGGUGCUAGACAAGCUGAAGGCCGAGCGUGAGCGUGGUAUCACCAUCGACAUCGCUCUGUGGAAGUUUGAGACCGCAAGGUACUACGUGACCAUCAUUGAUGCUCCUGGACACAGGGACUUCAUCAAGAACAUGAUCACUGGAACCUCUCAGGCUGACUGCGCCGUGCUUAUCGUUGCUGCUGGUGUUGGAGAGUUCGAGGCUGGUAUCUCCAAGAACGGUCAGACCCGUGAGCACGCCCUGCUGGCCUACACCCUGGGUGUGAAGCAGCUCAUUGUUGGCAUCAACAAGAUGGACUCCACCGAGCCCCCUUACAGCCAGAAGCGUUUUGAGGAGAUCACCAAGGAAGUGAGCACCUACAUCAAGAAGAUCGGCUACAACCCCGCCACUGUUGGCUUUGUCCCCAUCUCUGGGUGGCACGGAGACAACAUGCUGGAGGCCAGUGAGAAGAUGAGCUGGUUCAAGGGUUGGAAGGUUGAGCGUAAAGAGGGCGGUGCCUCUGGUGUUACCCUGCUGGAGGCUCUUGACUCCAUCCUGCCCCCUAGCCGCCCCACCGACAAGGCCCUGCGUUUGCCUCUGCAGGACGUCUACAAAAUUGGCGGUAUUGGAACUGUACCCGUCGGCCGUGUUGAGACCGGGAUCCUGAAGCCCGGCAUGGUCGUGACCUUCGCUCCCCCCAACCUGACCACUGAGGUCAAGUCUGUGGAGAUGCACCACGAGUCUCUGCCUGAAGCUCUCCCCGGUGACAACGUGGGCUUCAACAUCAAGAACGUGUCCGUGAAGGAGAUCCGUCGUGGAAACGUGGCCGGUGACAGCAAGAACGACCCGCCCAUGGCUGCUGAUAACUUCUCUGCUCAGGUCAUCAUCCUGAACCACCCCGGACAGAUCUCACAGGGUUACGCCCCCGUACUGGAUUGCCACACUGCUCACAUCGCCUGCAAGUUCAGCGAGCUCAAGGAGAAGAUCGACCGUCGUUCCGGCAAGAAGCUUGAGGACAACCCCAAGGCUCUCAAGUCUGGAGAUGCCGCCAUCAUCGUCAUGGUGCCUGGAAAACCCAUGUGUGUUGAGAGCUUCUCCCAGUAUCCCCCACUGGGUCGCUUUGCUGUGCGAGACAUGCGGCAGACCGUGGCCGUCGGUGUCAUCAAGUCUGUGGAGAAGAAACUUGCCUCCGGUGGAAAGGUCACCAAGUCUGCACAGAAGGCCGAGAAGAAGAAAUGAAUUCUCAUACAGGACGUCCAACACGAUGUCACGUCUCAGCAGCAGCGGGCUGCCCCAUCCCUUCUCUUUCCUUGCCACCCAGGACCGUCUUCUCUUAGGCAGAGCUCUCUGCUCAAGGACUGGCUUAUGCUGAUUCAAACCCAUCGUAAAAGUUUCCGCAGGAAAGGAAGGCAUGUGCCUUUUAGGAGAAACUGUGACAGUGAUUAAGUUGAAAAUAAAACAAUAAAAAUCUUAAAUAUUGCCAAAUUAA